UUUGACGUCACGCAUCUCGCCAGGUACAGGAGUCCAUCGUGCUAAAUGAAAACAACUGUUGCAUAAACUUCAUUAAUUACGCGUGUGCAAACGGAGUCACGUUUUGGGAUAAUGGCAGAGAAACCUCAGGUGGUCAAUAAUUUACCAGAGGACAUUGAGACUGAUGAGUGCAUGAGCACAUAUACACACAUCUACAGCCCUGAUCUGCUCAUUGAUCAGGUGGCCUUUAUAACCGGUGGCGGAUCAGGUAUUGGGUUUCGAAUAGCAGAAGUUCUGAUGAGGCAUGGGUGUGACACGGUCAUCGCCAGCAGAAAUCUGGAGAAACUCACAGAGGCUGCAAAAAAGUUAAGCAGCACUACAAGCAGACGAUGUUUGCCGAUUGGCAUGGAUGUACGUCAGCCAGAGACGAUUUCUGCUGCCAUGGAUGAAACCUUGAAGACUUUUGGACGUGUUGACAUACUUAUAAACAAUGCUGCAGGUAAUUUCUUGUGUCCAGCAACAUCGCUGUCAUUUAACGCUUUCAAGACCGUAAUGGAGAUCGACACUAUGGGAACCUUCAACACCAGUAAAGUCAUCUAUGACAAAUGGUUCAAGGAUCAUGGCGGCUCCAUUGUCAACAUUUCUGCCACGCUGGGAUACAGAGGUCAGGCUCUCCAGGUGCAUGCUGGGUCAGCGAAGGCUGCAAACGAUGCCAUGACGAGGCACUUGGCGGUCGAGUGGGGCCCCAGUGGUGUGAGGGUGAACACAGUGGCUCCGGGGCCCAUCUCUGGCACAGAGGGAUACCGUAGACUGGGUGGUUCACAUGCCGAGUCAGCGGGGGUUUUCCGCAGCAUCCCGCUGCAAAGAGCCGGCAAUAAGACGGAGAUCGCACAUGCGGUUCUUUUCCUGGCCAGCCGUGCAGCUUCAUACAUCACCGGCGCGAUACUGGUCUCCGACGGAGGGGCGUGGCUUACCUCGGCCAAUGACGUGGAGCGGCUGCUGGGUUUUUGGUCUGCAGAGAAAAGAAAGGACAAAUAAUAGCACGAAUAUAAGAUUAAAUCAACAGCAAUGGACCAGUUGAUCAUACCAGCGUCUGUAUGAUUGUUGAAUGCUACAAAAACGCCCAUUUUAUUCUUCACCCCAAAAGUAAAGAACAAAAUAACUGAUUAUAUUCUGUGUUAAGAAAAUUAAACCUAAUUUUAGGACUUCCACCCAAAUGAUACUUUUAACAUUUUCCAAUUCUCAUUGGAUUAUCAGCAUAAAUUAAUCUCAGUACAAAGAACAAGUUACAAUUAUAAUCAUAUUAAAAUUUUUCCCACUUUAUGAUAAUGAGUAUAUUUUGUCUCAUAGUAAUGACUGCAUUUUAAAUGCAGAUAUAUUUUCUCAUUUUCUUCCUUUGAUUUUGAGGUUAAAUGUGACACAUAUUUUGAUAAUAUUUGAUUUUUGACCCUAUAACGCCAGAUACAAUUUAUUUUUCAAGAUAACUGUGAGGAACUGAUUUGGCACAAUUAACAAUUUACAAAAAGAUUUAUAAAAAAACUAAAUGUAAAUAAAUAAAUGGUAACUGAAAUAAAUGAUAUA